AUGUACAACUCGAACGGAACACCAACGCCGAGCUGGUCGCCACCUCCCAUUCAGGCUCCCGUGCCUCAGCACCCGCAGCGGCCAGGGCCAAUGUCAUUCGGCAACGCGUCAGCCGGGGGAUCUUAUCCCGGCUCUCCUAAGCCGCACCAACCCCGAGGAGCUCCCCAGCAGCCGCAAUUCAGACAGCAGCCACAGCAGCAGCCAUUUCAGCAACAGCAGCAGUCAUAUGCGCAACAGCAAGCCUAUAGCGCUCCAUUUGCUGGAACCUCGAGUGCCACAGCGAGCGCCGCUGGGUUUACCCCGCAGCCUUAUCACCGCCCGACACCGCACAAUCCGUUGCAGCAUCAGGCGUCCGGGGGGGAUGUCUAUGCGUCAGUGCCUACCCCGGCGUCACAAAGCGGGUUUGGCCAAAGUGCUGCAGCACCGUAUGCUGCUGGACCAUCGGGUUUCAUGAACCCAGGCGCAACGCCAAUGCAACAACAGCAACAACAACAGUGGGGAACAAACCUUAUCAGUGACUUCCAGAGUAGUGCGGCAGGGCAAUUGGGAAUGCAGAUUGGUGGAAAGGCGUUUGAGCAAGCGCAACAAAACCUGAACAAGAAUAUCAAUCGCUGGAUAAACAUACCACACUUGAAAUACUAUUUCAACGUCAGCAAUUCCUACGUUCUCAAUAAGAUCCGCCUGCUUCUGUUUCCCUUCCGACAUCCGCAUAUGUCCUGGGCGCGACUCGUACUAAGGUCGGAGCAAAGUGGCCAGAUGGAGGGCUAUAAACCACCCCGAGAGGAUCUCAACGCUCCUGAUCUUUACAUCCCAGUGAUGACGUUCGUUACGUAUAUCAUUCUGGUUGGAAUCAAGCUCGGGUUAGCAGAUGCAGCAGCACCCGCAAAGGACAGAUCAUUCACACCAGAUGUCUUGGGAAUCACUGGAACAACCGCAUUAGUGAUUGUCUCCACGGAGGUCCUUCUACUCAAGCUCGGAUUCUACCUGUUGAAUGUGACGACGGAAGUCCCAUUCCUGGACCUCGUUUCGUAUAGUGGAUACAAGUUCUUGGGGGUUAUUGUAUCCCUGAUCGCCGCGAUUCUAGCCCCGGCGUCUUGGAUAACCUUCGCAGUACAUGCUUACGGAAUGCUCUGUCUAGGUUUUUUUACGCUAAGAUCGCUCAAAUACAUCAUUCUGCCAGAAGGGUUCACGACUGUGGACCCGUCAGCAAGACAGCGGCGUAUUCAGUUCCUGUUUAUCGUUGCCGCCGUGCAGAUUGUUCUGUCAACCACGUUGGUGUUCUGGGUCGCUCGGGUCAAGCUCCCCAGCUGA